UUGGCUGUUAACAAAACGCAAAGAGAAAAUAGGUCUGAUUUCAGUGACUAGUGGUCGUUGUUCAGCUAUCAGAGGUAACAGCAUGGCGAGUUCUGAGGCCAGAGUUGUGUGUAUUGCAGUAGACGGAAGUGAGCAUAGCGAGAGAGCGUUUGACUGGUACAGAGAUCAAAUAUAUCGCGAUGGGGAUCGCUUGGUUGUUGUUCACUCUCAUGAACUACAUCCUCCUGCACUGCCUCAUGCUAUUGCUACAGAGGAAUGGAAGAAGGAAGUCCAGAAACAUGAACAGUACAUCAAAGACUUGGAAGAAAAGUUUAAAACCAAGUGUGAGAAAAUGAAGGUUUCUGCCAAAAUCAUUAUCAAAAGCGGACAUGCGGGAGACCACGUUUGUAAAACUGCUCAAAAGGAAGGUGCCGCCUUCCUAGUGGUUGGCAGCCGAGGAAUGGGCACAAUCCGUCGCACCAUAUUAGGAAGUGUCAGUGACUACAUCAUACAUCAUGCACACGCGCCCGUGAUACUGGUUCCCAAAGUGAAGAACUGAUAUUACCCACGCCUCCCCUUACUCUGAAAAGAAGCACUCAAUAUAACGGAGCAGUCAAUAAUUAUGAUUCAAUUCUCUUGGGGGAGUAUUCACUUUCAUUUGUCGUUGGUUGGAGAUACAGAUAAAAUGUUACCAUUAUAGGUGA